GGACAAAGAAUCUCUAAGGGGCCUGGAUGCAGGAAGCGAAGUUGGCAUAAUUGUAAUUAAGAGAUUUUGUAUUUUGAUGUUUACAUAACUCGGCAUGGUGCAUUAUUACGAUAGUUUAAUUAGGAAUUUCCGUGAACUCAGUGUAUAAUGCUCGACCAGAGACCAAGCACAUCUAAAAAUUCAGAGAUUUCUAAUGCUGAUAUUCCUUGUGUGGAUCAAAAUCCUGUUCCAGGAACUGUUGUUAAUCAUAAAACUGUAAAAAAAGCGGGGAAUUAUUUAUUAGGUCCAAGAAUUGGUAAUUCUCCUGUUCGUAGUAUUGUUCAGUGUUUAGCGAGGAAAAUUGGAACUGAUGACUUUUAUACUUUAAAGCUUUUAACAUUGCAAGAUCUGAAAGAUGAAACUCAGGAUGAUAGACAAGGCAAAAUGCUGUUGCAUACAGAGUAUUCCCUUUUGUCUCUACUCCAUGAACAAGAAGGUGUAGUUCAUCAUCAUGGAUUAUUUAAAGAUGAAUGUUGGGAAGAGCAAGAAAUUAAUGAUGAGUUGAGGUAUACAGGUCGAAAAAAAAAGCGUGUAUGUUUAGUUUUGGACUGUGUUUGUGCUCAUGACUUUAGUACCGAAACUGCAUUUUUGAUCAACUUGCAGCACUAUGUUAUCCGAGAGAAAAAAUUGUCAGAAAAAGAAGCAAUAUUAAUAUUUUAUGAUGUUGUCAAUGUUGUAAGUGCACUGCAUAAACAAAAUAUUGUCCAUCGUGACCUUAAACUUGGCAAUAUAGUUUUAGACAGACAAACCCGAAAAAUAACAAUUACGAAUUUCUGCCUUGGGAAGCAUUUGCUUAAUGAAAAUGACUUACUUAAAGAUCAGCGAGGUAGUCCUGCAUAUAUUAGUCCAGAUGUUCUUAGCGGUAAACCAUACCUUGGAAAGCCUAGUGACAUGUGGGCUUUAGGAGUUGUUCUUUUCACGAUGUUAUAUGGCCAGUUCCCAUUUUAUGAUUCUGUACCACAAGUAUUAUUUCGAAAAAUAAAAUCUGCAGAUUUUUCAAUACCCAUUGCUGAUGGUAGAGUAUCUGAAAAUGCAAAUUUGAUAAUUAAGAAACUACUUGUUUUGAAUCCAACUGAGCGAAUGACCGCUGAUCAAGUUCUUGAUUCUCUUAAUUGCAUUAUAGCUACUUGGUGGGGCAUGAUGUCUUAUGAGAAUGACUUUCAAAUUGUUCCUGAAUACAAAGAUCCAGAAUGCAAUGAAGAUACCAAGGAAACUGUCCUGGCCAUGCCUUCUAGUUCUGCUUCUUCUAUGAGCUCAGUUUCUGUAACCGAAGUUGAAGCAGUAGCUGUAUUAAUAGGCAUUGGAUCUUCGUUGUUUGGGCCUUCGAGAACUGUAGAAGAACCGCCUUCAAAAAAAGCUAAGUUUUCUAAUCAUGGAAAUGCAUUUCCAGUAUGCCAUAUAAAUGAAGAUGAACAGCCUCUGACACCAGCUGAUAUUGCAAGUUUUCGACACAUGCUUCCAGGCUCAUCUGGGCAUUAAAGAUUGAUUACAGAACAAAGUCUUUAAUUCGGACUCGUUGGGACUUCGCUGAUUCCGGAUUAUAGAUAAUCAAUUUAAAUCUGGUAAGAUGGCAUGCAGAAAUUAUAUAUUUAAAAAUAUGAAAUCGUAAUUUAUGAAA